AUGCUAUUGCGCGACUUUGUCGAACAACUCCGCAGGGAAUCACCUUUGCUAUCCGCCACUCUGACUGUGCCAGACUUCGUCCGUUUUGUUACGCUUGCCGGCGAGGUUCAACAUUGUGCCGGUCAAAGCCUACGACUCACACCCAAUCGAAACGCUCUUCUACCCUUCCUCGAAAUGGCUCUAUCACCCCUUUACUCACAUGACCUGAUGCCUGCCUUAUGGCGCCUCUUGUUCCCUCAUUUGGCUGCCUCCACAAUCGACACCUCGGCUGCAAUCCGCAAGUUUGGUCUACACCCAGAGCUAUUGGGUACCAAAAUGCCCGAAAGAUUCUUACGUGCACCAAUGUCCCACUGCCACCUAUGCUCGCGUGACCAAUCAUUCGCCUUACACAUCCACUCGCGUCUUGACGGCUACCUAUACGAUAUCGAUGGGGUCCAUUCAAUUCAGACAGUGAUACUAUGCUGUUCAAACAAAGCAUGUGGCACUUUCUACAGACCCAGUUAUUACACUCGAGACGACCUACGAAUCUACUACUCGCAGGAAAUGGGGCGCAAUACAGAUUACCUACACAUCCACUGUCAUUAUUAUAUGACUCGGUGUUUGUCUCACAUGUUUCGGGCACUCCAGAUGCUGGCGCACGUUUCACAUUUCAAUCUUGUGAAUUGGUUUGGUCAGAUCUUCGUAGAUGACACCCCCGUCCAGACAUUUGCCCCCGACCAAAGCUUUACUGCGUCCAUGUCCGAGGACGUGUGCCGCGAUGGUCUCAUUCUUCAUUCUUUGAUGACUCAUGCGGAUCGGAGAGGAACUCAGCUCGCCGUCAACUCGAGUGGAACCAACAGUAUACAGUUUGACGCCACCAUUGAAGCCCACUUGGAACUCUUGUCGGUCGAGGGAACACGGUUCUGUGAUCACUAUUGCUCGAGUUGUGUCCGACUCACGUCCAGCGUUGAUCCAGAAACUGGCGAACAUUAUUAUAGAUCGCCUCCACCCAGCAGUUACAAGAGAUAG